CCUCUAGACUGACUGGCUGAUGACAUCGUUUUUCUCAAGGAUUUUCAGCAGUCGAACUUUGCAUCACACGCUUACCACGUCUUCAGUUGAAACAGUCCUUCAUACGCUUUAACUGCUUGUGCAGGUACGUUUUGCAAAUAUGUUGCUCAAAUUUUAAUGUUAUACUUUGUCUAAGCUAUGUAUAAGUAAAAUAGUUUAGUUUUUUUAUGUGAACAUUUUAAAGCAAAAUGCGUUUCGGUAGUAAAAAGAAACCACCACGUGGGUUACCGGUCAUUUCCGAAAUAAAAAUGCACACGUCCUUACAACUAAUAUUAAAUUUUAAAAAUUUCACCCUCGUUCUUACUUAUUUUCCCCACUCCCGCUGACUGAAUAGUAAUUAUACGUCUUUUAAGAAAUUUCAGUUUCGAACAGUUUGCUUUUGAACUUAGUUUGAUAUUUUCAUUGUUGAAUCAUCUAUGCAGCACCAGCACUGCUUAGGCUUUGUCAUUGUCAUUUUUUGGUCUUUACAUGGCUGGUCACGCUUAUAGAUCUUUAGACUUUCGGAAAUUUAAUAUGCUAUAUAUAAAAGUGCAGAACUAGCACAACUAAUUGGUAAAUGUCUGGACCGCGAGCGGAAUAAAAGCCACAAAUUUUGCUAGGAAUAACGUCAUACAAAAUCAGGGCUAAGUCUUUGUGUCUGACCUCACUCCCUUUAGUAUGAUUACAGUAGGUACUGGUAAUCUUGCAGUUCCAGGUGCGACAUUUCUGAUCGAAUUUCAUAUCGCGUGUAAACGUCCAUGUCUUCUUUAUAAAAUUGGUGUUAACUCUACACUAAAUUGUUCAGCACUAACCUUUUCCUUUUAUUUUAACAGCUCCCAUUGUACAUAGCCGGUUGCGUAAAUGGCGUAAACAAUCUCUCCAUUUUCUUGUUUAAUUCACCCUACAUGCAGCGUCAUGCCAGAUUGCUUAUUUUUCAACUGAAAGCAUAUUCACAAAAACGGGCCCUGCCAUAAUAUAGAUGUUGGCUAAAGGGCCUUUAAAGAUGUUCAUUUCUGAAUGCCAUCAUGAGCGACGUCAUGUUACCCUUCAGUGCCAGUUUUUUUUUAUUAUGGAUAAUCAAAUGUAUGUAUUAGUGUUGGGAGGAUAACAAAAUUUUUAACGAUUCCAAUAAGAUUCCGAAUUUACUAAAUUUUCCCAAUAUGAUUCAGAUUCCUUGCCAUUAUUACAUAUAUGUAUUACUGUGCCCAGGUACUAACCUAUUUAAUUAAUAUAAAAGUUGAGAAUUGAUUGGAAAAGUUUAUUAACUUGCUAUUGAAGCUUUACAAUAUGCUAGAUAACAAUGUCUUGGAAAGGUUUUAUACUUGUAUGCGAAACAAACUUUGCGCUGUCACCGGCUUACGCCAGUUAAUCAGUUAAGAAUCGUUUUGGUAUCGGAAUCGGGUCCGAUUCCAGAUGCUUUGGAUAAAUCAUAUUUCAAUUAUUCCGAUACGAUUCCGAUUCAUCGUCCCAUCAUUGGUAUGUAUACUAAGUUUGAUCUGGUUCCAUUUGCCCAUGCAGGAGCCUUUGUUUGGAAUUAUAUUUAUGCACCCCAUUUAAAUAUGAGGAAAAAAAAAAAUUUGGGUUUUAAAACAAAACGGAAAACCCAACCCUUUUAAAAAAACCUAAAAAACCCCCCCCCCCCCUAUUUUCAUUCUUUUUGCGCACAUGCCUACAGUUUGAAAAUUUCGUUUAACAUACCAGCUUAUAGGUAAUCGAAAAUCGGGCAACGGUAAAAAAAAUACAACGAGCUAUGGAAGGUUGGGGGAUGUUCAAAGACGCUUUAGAAGCACUGCAUAAUUAGGACUUUGACACAAAAUUUAAAUAUUGUCAAUAUUGUCCGAUUGCAAUUGAUACAUUUUAAAGGAGCUAGCUGUCCACAGGAAAUGUUCCAGCCCUCACAAAGUAGCACUUGCCUUCUGUGAAAAAUCCUCAACAGUAGGCGCAGAAACAUUAUAAAUCCCCUCUACAUGCAUAGGAGCCUAAAUGCUCAAUAAAUUGAUCGUGGGCCCUUGAUAUAUAGAAGAAGCAGCAGCUGCUUUAUAACACCAAUUUCAUGUAUCUUUUAUAGAAGUGGAGUUAUUUUAUUAAAGAUUUUUUUUGAAACCCCUUUCUUUAUCUUUGUAGUUAGUGAAAAGUGUGACCCACUUUCCAAAUUUCUGACUUUUAUCAAAACUUUUUAUUUUAAAAGAUAAUGCUAACAAAUUUUCAGGAGACAUUCUCAAUGCAAUAUGCGACAUAAUAAACAACAAAACUUCUAUAUAACUUCAAGACUUAUUUUUUAAUAUAUUUAUUUGAGAGUAUUUUAAGAAAAACAUGAACAGAAAAAUCGAAAAAAUUAUUUUUAAAGGAAAAAACAAAAAUACAUGUUUAUUGUAUUGUGAGUCACAAUGGUGCCUUUUGUUGAAAAAAAAAUAAUGUAAUUAAUAGUUUCAAUAAUAUGAUUAAAACGUGAUAGUACACAAAAAAUUAACACCAGGUACUCUAGGUCUAAUUAAAAUUUUACCAAAAUGGUAAUACCCUGACAGUUUUUUCAAAAGAAACAAUGCGGCAUGGACUACCAAGGUUUGACAAAUAUUUUAUUCCAAAUUAAGAAUUAAAUUCUUAAAAAUGUCUUGUUAUAAUAUCUGCUUAAAACCUUAACAAAGUGUCUUGACAAACAAAGGCAACUGGUUUUAUACUUAGGGAAGUUUAUUGUGGACCAUUUGCAGCUCAAAAAGUUCUAAGGUUUUUUGUGUCUGAGCUUUCUGUGGGGAAAUUGAUGCUCCCAAUUCGGUAUUGAAAAGCCAGUCUAUUAACGUGGUCAGUACAUGGCACAGAACAGAGCCUCUGAUUUGUUAAAAUCGGUAAACAAUACUGCUCUAAGUUUCUUGAUAUUUUGUAGAGGUUUGGACAUGUUUUCUCAAUGGUGCUUUAUGCUUCGCUUUACACUAUCUUUACAUGCAGGUAACAUUGCCAAUGGCUCUUAAUUUACCGACACUGAAACAUGCAACAAUACACAGAUAGUAUAGGAUUAUUUGGUUAGGGUCUAACCAAGGGAGCGUCACUAUUUUAGCUCCUCUCUCCCCGUGAGCCUCCCAACUCGCCUUAGGCAAAUUGUAUUGUAUAUAUAAAAGUAUUAGGACAUGUCCAAGGGAAAUUGUUUUGUAAGGUCCUAAGAUAACUAUCUAAGAUCUAAGACCUAAGAUCUUUGCUAUGUCUGGAAAACUAGAUUUCUGAUUGGACUUGUAUAACUAGACAGACCUUCAAUAUGUCAAAAAUAGAUCAUCAGUUAUCAACAAGAUAGAUGGGAUUAAUUUUGAAAGUAUAUUUUUUUCCUCCAUUUUUAGUUUAGUGCACUUCACAAUGUAUAGGAUAGCCAAUGUGUUCCGCUCAUCAGCUGCCAAGCAACUGGUUCCAGUAGUAAGACGUCAUUAUGCAAAGGACAUUAAGUUUGGAUCAGAUGCAAGAGCUCUUAUGUUACAAGGUGUAGAUCUGUUGGCAGAUGCAGUUGCAGUCACAAUGGGGCCAAAAGUAAGUAAUCUUACAUACUUAUGGUGGUUAGGGACUACCCACUUCUUAACUACAAAAGCUUCUUUUUUUUUUACAUUCUGUUAAUUGGCUGAAUUUGUUCUAAUGUUGACAUAUUUAGCACAUACUAUACCUCUGUAUGUUCUUUGUGGGCAUAUAGAAUGUAAAUUGUGCUACAGGAAAGAUCCUUUUAUAAAAACUGCAAAACAGUUUUGUAGUACUAGUGAUUUUACUCAAAAGGUACAGAUUAUAUAAAAUAAUUAACACCUUCAUUUUCAAUAUGAAUCCAAUUUUUCAGCUCAAAUUGUUUUUACGUAUUAAUUUUGCUUUUAGGGCCGUAAUGUGAUUCUAGAACAAAGCUGGGGAAGUCCAAAAAUUACUAAGGAUGGUGUAACAGUAGCAAAGGGCAUUGAUUUAAAAGACAAAUUUCAAAAUAUAGGCGCUAAGCUGGUUCAAGAUGUUGCAAAUAACACAAAUGAAGAGGCUGGAGAUGGAACUACUUCUGCUACAGUUCUUGCUAGAGCAAUUGCUAAAGAAGGAUUUGAGAGGAUAAGCAGAGGAGCUAAUCCUGUUGAAAUUAGAAGAGGUAUGUUGCCCUUAUAAGUUGUAUACUCCUAACUAAUCUCAGAUCCCUUGGCAUCUUUUAUAAUUUGUAUAAAUGAUUUAUACAAUUGCUUUUAUCCACUUCUGAAAAAAGAUGCUUUUCUUAUUUCUCAUGUUAAUAAUUUAGCACUAUCCAAACCUCCAUGUAUCUAUUGUUGUUAUAUGGAUUGUCAAUAGUGCUACAGGAAUAAUCUUUAAAAUACUGCAAAAUAACUUUGUAGUAGGAUGAGUUAGUUCACUCAAAAAGAUACAAAGUUAUCUUUCUUUACUUAAAAUCUGUCAGUUUUAACCGUUUAUUUUCCAUUUUAUUUUGUACUGAUCAGUAAUGUGCACUGUAUUUAAGGAGUCUUCCAUACAUGACUUCUCACAUCUAGGGGACUCGUCAAAUCAACCAAAAUAGUGAUUUCAUUAACUCUUUGUCUCCGGAAUUUCCACAUUCUGACGGAAUUAUCUAUUUUGCAUAUUUGUUACGCACUACUGUGUUAUCUCUAAACUGUCAUAACUUUUUUUUUUUUUUUCAUCAGAAUGCGUUAAGUUUGGUGUGGAAUUAUAGGGGAAUGCAUGCUCUUUACCAUCAAUACAGAUUUAGGUUUAAAUUUUAACUCAUUCCUUACGGCAGUGCUACUUCCAUACUUAAUUUAUAUCCCUGAGAAGGGAAGUAACUCAGUGUUGCAAUUGAUUUACAUUUGUAAAAUAUUUUUUUAAGCUGCAAAAUAUUAUUUAAUGUUACAGAUUUAAGAAAAAAUGAAUUCGGUUUAAUAAACAGAUAACAGUGGCGAAAAAAAUAAGAAUUGAUGGCACCCUGUACAAACACAUGCUACAUAUAGAUACGCCGUAACAUGGCACACAUAGUUUCAAAGUGAAACAAGAUUAAAACUUCGGUUUUUUAAAUUGAAAUCAUGUGGAAUUGCCGGAGGUCUCUAGGGAUGGGAAAUUUCAUUGCUGUUUUUAAAUAGAAAUGAGAGGUGUGCUGCUAUUUUGGACGCAUCAUUAGAAACCCCCAAAGGACGCAUAUAGUUCCCAACCACAAAGAAUGAGUUAUUAUAAGUAAAUGUGAUUAUGAUUUAAGGAAAAUAAAAAAUUUAAAUAAUAAACUGACCAGAGGUUCACAAAAAAGAUUACAAGUUAACAAAGAGAAAUGAAUAAAAGUGUAAAAAAAACUUUUUUUUUUUUUUUUUGCUGAACUAUAUCCAUAUGUGCAUCACAAAUAAUAAAGAUCACAUUUUUAAAAAAAAAAACAAAGAUGAAAGACCAGAUCAUAUUAUCCAUCAUCACAGCCACACAAAUGUCCUUAAGAAAAACGUAACUAUUUCCACUGCAAACAAUCAUGUUACUAUCAGAAAUUAUUUGCAUUGUAUCCUUGUAUAUAUUAACAUUUAUUAUGGUAAAUGUAAAAUUUACCAUAAAUUUGUCAUUUCAUUUGGGUUUAGCUAUGGUGAGCCUGAAAACAAUCCAUAUGGAUGUGCAGAUUUGACUCAACAUCCAGCACAGAUGUAUGCCGGGACAGUUCGGCCUGUUCUAUAGUGUUUGCACACCCUCAUUUUUGGAGCUAAUAUGAAUAAUAUGAACAUUUUGCUCCGAUAAGUCACUCAAUGGCAUAGGGAUGUCCACGUCAGGAGCUUCCAAACUUAAUUCUUGAAGCAUGCCAGGAAUUGUUCUCUCUGAAUCAUUGAUACCAGGGUGUAUGCAUCCCCUUGGACACUGACCAAAAUUUUCUUACGGUGUGGGCAAUAUGGUCAACCCCAUCCAUUUACCCUUCCAAAAAUAUAUACUUAUUGAGGUCUUGUAUCAAUAUUUCUAUGUCAUUUAAUGCAAUUUCAAAUAACACUCAAAACACUCUGAAAAGCUCCACAUCAUAGAAUAAUGCAUGCCACAGUUCGAGGGUUAAAAGUAAUUUAAAACCAAUAAAUAAGAAAAGAACCGAAACGAACAGGUUUUUAUGCAUCGUCGAUCCGCAGGAAGCCUCAUUUAAAAUCGAUGAUGGGAGUGUUGAUCUGGAGAGUUACUGGAUGUCCCUCACAAGUUCUUGAAUUAAAUUAGAUCAAGUGUUUAAUGUAUUAUAAUCUUAAAUAACACUACUUCAAUUUAAAAAUCUUGUAGGUGUGAUGUUAGCUGUAGAUGCGGUUGUUGAACACCUUAAAAAAAUGUCCCGACCUGUAACAACCCCAGAAGAAAUAGCACAGGUUAGUUGUUUUUAUUUAUUUUGACCUGUCGUGCAGAGUUUUAUGUGUAAAAUAAUACCUGUCACUGCUGUUAUUAAUAAAAUUAAAAUUUCAAAGUUUAUUUAAGUUUUGAGAUUUUUAAUUUUAGGUAGCAACAAUAUCUGCCAAUGGAGAUAAAUCAAUUGGGGAGCUUAUUUCCAGUGCAAUGAAAAAGGUUGGGAGAGAUGGUGUCAUCACUGUCAAGGUAAGAAUGAUUACAAUUUGUACUCAUUAAUGAUAGUUAUAACACUUUGUGGAAUAUUUAGGAUCGGUUGAAUUCAGAAGUUAAGCAAUAAAAUUUUAUUCACCUCUGUAAAUGUCGAGGUCAAUAUUAACAUACAUAAUAUAAAAAAUUACUUUUCAUCUUUUCAUAAGAUGCCUUGUCCAAUGUACUUAACAGAAAAUGAAUACUUGUAAGGGUCUCUGAAUUCAUUUAAGUCUGGGGGCUUUGUCAUUUUUGACAUGUAUAUGAUAUAGCUUGAAAUAGGUUGACGCUAGAGAAACUGACAAUUACAGGGUUAAAAUAUUUUUAAUUUAAUGUAUCUACUUUGUUUUCCAGGAUGGCAAAACUCUAAAAGAUGAGUUAGAGACUAUUGAGGGCAUGAAAUUUGACAGGGGAUACAUUUCCCCCUACUUCAUGAACACAGCUAAAGGCAAGUUUGUGGCAAGGAUUUCUUUGAUUUGAGUGUUGCAUCAUUUAACUUUUUUAAAAACCAUUGAGGAGGGGGGGGGGGACAAUAUCAUUUAUAUAUCAAAUAAUUUUUUUUCUUGUAUCAUAGGCGCCAAAUGUGAAUUCCAAGAUGCACUUGUUCUGUUGAGUGAAAAAAAGAUAUCCAGUAUUCAGUCCAUCAUUCCAGCUUUAGAGUUGGCCAAUCAGGCCCGAAAACCUCUACUGAUAGUUGCAGAGGAUGUUGAUGGUGAAGCAUUAAGCACAUUAGUUCUUAAUAGGUACAUAUUCAAUUUGUAGUUAAUGCCGUGUUGUGAUGAAACUCUGGACUAGAGUCACUGAAAUUUGUGAUGACUCAUGUGUCUUCUGAACACAAAUUUAUGAAAAUAUUUUUAAAUUUAAUUACAUUUUAGAUUAAUAAUUUAUAAUAAAUUUUGUAGUUUAUUCAGAGAUUUGAAACUUGAUUGUUUGUCUCUGCAGAAUAAAAGUUGGUCUUCAGGUAUGUGCUGUAAAGGCACCAGGAUUUGGUGACAAUAGGAAGAACACUUUACAUGAUAUGGCUAUUGCUACUGGUGGAGUGGUAAGUAUCUCCAAGUGUCUGUACAUUUUAAUGAAUAUAUUAGCCUGAUUAGUCAAGAUUAAGGUUUUAAUUUAUAAUUACGAAUUUAUUCUCAGGUUUUUGGUGAUGAUGGAAACCUCUACAAAUUGGAAGAUAUUCAAAUUCAGGAUUUUGGUAACGUUGGUGAAGUUACAGUAACAAAGGAUGACACUUUGCUGAUGAAGGUAUGCAUUUUGUGUGUAUUUUUUAAUGCACAAUACCGGAUUGGUGUAUUGUCUUCUGACUCUGCACCUAACAAGUAUGUGCUACAUUAUUUGCCAUGUGGGUGUGACUUCACUUUUUUGUGAUAUUCCAUGUGGCAUACAUUUGUAAUUUUAAAAAAUAUUUUUCACAUUUUUUUAUCUUUCUCAAAUGUACCAUCAAUCUUGUAAACCGAAAAUUAAUUCAUAUAAAAUUUCUAUUCACAGGGAAAAGGUAAUAAGGCCGAUGUAGAAAAAAGAAUUGCUCAGAUUAAAGAUGAAAUUGAAAUCAGCACAUCAGACUAUGAGAAAGAAAAGUUUGGAGAGAGAUUAGCAAAAUUGUCCAAUGGCGUUGCUGUUCUUAAGGUUAGUAUCAAAGCUGUGAUAUUAUUCAAAUGAUUGCUAAGCAUUUGUCUACUCUGAUUGGCAUUAGUCUUUCAGAAUGAAUUAAAAUGCGAUAUUAAAUGCAAGACACUUUCCAGAUUUGUAUAUAUUAUAUCUCUGGCAUUCAACUUGCAACACAUUGUAUCAUUCAUUUUCCUCAGUUAAUUAGGUGCAAUACAAAGGUGCUGAAUUUUUCACUAUGCCUAUUAAUAUAAGCAAAUGGGUUGUCUUAACAGUUCAAAUAUUUGUCUUGUUUCAGAUUGGAGGAACAAGUGAAGUAGAAGUGAAUGAAAAGAAAGAUAGAAUUAAUGAUGCAUUAAAUGCUACCAGGGCAGCAGUAGAAGAGGGUAUUGUUCCAGGUGGUGGCACUGCUUUGCUCAGAUGUAUUUCAAUUUUGGAUGGUGUCAAGACUGAGAAUGAAGAUCAAAUUGUUGGUAAGAUGUUUUAGAAUGUUUAUAAGUGGUUUUGUAUUUUUUGCAUCAACUCUUCCAUUUAGCCUUUGUGGCUCAAGUGGUUGUCAAAUGGUGCUAUAAUAUUUUUAGCUAUGCUGUGUUUUUAAGACAUGUUUAAUAGACAUAUCAUUACAGUGGAGCUUACAUUAGUAUGUAACUAUUGAUAUAAUAAUUUAAUUCAGUGGCAUUCCAAUUAAUAAUAAUUGCAUAUUUCCAGGUGUCAAUAUUAUAAGGAAAGCCCUGCGGGUCCCGGCUCUCACGAUUGCACAGAAUGCAGGUGUAGAUUCACAUGUUGUGGUCGAGAAGGUGCUUAAUUCUUCUGGAGAUAUUGGUUAUGAUGCUCUUAAUAAUGAAUAUGUUAAUCUCAUUGAGCAAGGAAUUAUUGAUCCAACAAAGGUGAGUUCAGUAGCGUUAUUUAUUUUUGUAUUGCACUUUUGCCAUUUUGAUGGGACUUCAUUCCUUUCAAAAUUCUCUAUAUGAAGUGCAACAUUAACGCAGCUUACCUUUUUCAAGUCCACAAUUACUGAUGGUGGCCUUGACAGAAUGGCGUGUGACAUUUUACUUACACAUAAAAUUUUAAUUUUGACAUUCUGAUUUUAUUUAUUUUUUAGAUAUUCUGUGAAUUUUCAUGUUUUUUUCCCCAGCAGGCUAAUUUCUAACAGACAUUUUCCAUAGGAUUAGGAUUUUCACAUGCUUGUAUUUGUUGCACUGCCUUUGGACAGUUGCAGUAGGGGACCUGUUCACUAUCACUAUUAACCUAUCUCUUAUUUAACAUGGCUUUAAAGUUACUGUCAUAGUUAAGUAUACAGCUAUUUUAAACAAGUUAGUUCAGCAGUUUUUACAAACUAAGAUGAUACAACUAAGAUAUAUUUCAUUUAGAAUCUAUAAGUGGGGGGUGACUGUCAAAGAGUGCAUUUAUUGUAUUUUCAUAUGCUUGUCAAAAAUGACAAUCUCAUAGGAAAUGAACUGACAGCCCCUUAAUAGAGUACAUUUUCUGAAAGUAUAUUGGACAAGAUAUCUUUUACAUAGUAUGAAAAUGUUUUUAUAUAAUGUAUGUUUAUCUUGACCUGUAAUUUACAGAGUAAUUUAAACCUCUGCAUUUAAUCCUUACAACAAAGCUUAGGGCGAAAGUUGUCGAUGUCUUAUUAUGUUGCCAUCACUGCUAGAGCUAAUAUUGUCAUUACUGGCAAGUGGAUUAUCUCUGAGAUCAUUGCUUUCAUUUUAUUCCAUUUGAAAUAAUGCCAAUACAGUGUUGAUUUUGCGUUCUAGAGGGCAUCCUCUCCAUUAGACUUAGUAGUCUAAAACUUUGUAGCAAAUUUCACACCCGAUUUAUUGCAAAACAAGCCCUGAUAAAAGUAUGUUAGAAACAGAAGCAAACUCAUUUCUAUAGAUUAAUUUCCCCAUUGUGCAUUAAAUCACUUUUAACAACCAUUUUUAUGAUUAUAUUGCCUGUGAUAAGACAGAAUAGGGGCAUAAUGGUUGUUGUUCCACCUAUGAAUGUUAUAAUUAUAGAGUUAAGAGAUGUCUGUGAUACAGAUAUUAAAUAUUAGUUCUACUUGUACUGACACCUUUCUUUACAAACAGCACUCUGUCUCCUUCAGAUUAACUACAGUUAAUCACCAUGAACACACUUUUUAAAAAUAUUUUAUUUGCCCUGCAAUGUUUUUUGAAAGUCUUCACUUUAUUGUAGCCUAUUUUUGUGUUAAGAUUUGAAUUAUUUAUAUCUAAGGUUUUCUUACGCUUUCUGCACUUUUGCCAUUUUGAAAGUUAAAUCUUUUAAAAUUCUCUAGACGUGCUAAAUUAAAUGGCAGCUAACCUUUUUCAUGUCCAUUUUAAUAGUGGUUGUGACAGAAAGGCUUGCUACACUUUUUAUUAUUGACUGUUACGUAGCUGUCCUUAUUUUUUUAAUUAAACUAAUAUUGAAAUUUGAAUUGUAUUAUUUUUCAGGUGGUGAGAACAGCUCUGGUGGAUGCUGCAGGACUUGCUUCUCUUCUCACAACAGCGGAGGCUGUCAUUGUUGAUCUUCCAAAAGAUGAAAGGGAAGGUGGUGGCAUGGGAGGCAUGGGUGGGAUGGGAGGUAUGGGUGGAAUGGGAGGUAUGAUGUAGAUAUAAAAACAAUACUGUUACUGACUUGAGGCUUUUUUGGAAAAGAACAAUCUUUUCUAUUGUUAAACAGUUAACUUGUUUAAGAAAAGGAACACAUAAGAUGCUACAUACUACCUUGUCCCACACAAAAUUUACAUUUGCAAAUUGUUGGCAUAUGUAAUUGUGAUUUCAAAUUGUGUGAUAUUCAGGUUAGUUAUUUGCAUUCAGGAUGUGACUGCCAGUUUCAGAUAAAAGCAACAGCUUUUCAAUACAAUGAGGUUUUAUCUAUUAGUCUAAACAGAUAUUUUGGAUAGUCAUAAGACCAAAAUUGGUGUUCAUUCAUUUAUUGUGAUUUCAUUUCCAGACUUGCAUGUUUUCAUAAAUUUGUAUCAUUGCUGUAAAUUUAAUUUGCCCUGAGAGUAAGGGAGAGCACAAAUCUCAUGAAUCUGUUGACUAGUUCUCUUUGAAAGGUGUGUUUUUUUUUUUGUUUUUUUUUUAAAAUCCAUUUUAGAGAAUCAGUUCAUUCACAAUAUUAGUACUCACUGUUGAGGAUUUGUAUGUAUGAGAUGGAUAACUGUUAAAUAGUUGUGAUAAUAAAGGUUGAUUUUUAUAUUUCUAUCAUUGUAUCUGUUUACUUUUUAUUUGAAGUUUUGUUUAGGCUCAUUAAGUUUUGCUAAAAUAACUCAUUGUACUUCUUAAGCAAUUUGACUACCAUUACUGGUAAUAAAUUUAAGCUGGAUAGCAGAAUCGGCUUGAAAAGUUUCAGGACAAUAAGGGCUAAAUGACUUAUUCAGCAGACGAGGCAAAUUAUUUGAAGUUUUUAAAGUGUGUAUCCAGAAAGACAAAAUGUAGUUCUGUCAGCUCCGGGUAUUGAUAUUUUAACUACAGUACCGAUAAAAAAUGAGAAUAGAAAUUCAAGCAUCACUUAUACUUGAACUUACGCUCAGUUCACACGAUCUAAUUUUUUAUCAUUUGAUUGUUUUCGUAUGAAGCCUUGCCACAACUUUUUAAUUACUUUAUCAUAUUUGCAUUUUUGUUUUGAAAAAAUAAACCAGCA